CAGCGUGGGCAUCGUGCAGAAAGUGCCGUCACGCCAGCCCCUUCCCUCAUAACGGCUAUAUUUCCUGACCGUCGCUGCGUCACCUGCCUCCCCACUUUCUUUAUCCACCGAACGACGGCGGCCGUCGGUUCUACAGCUGGCUCCAGGUGCCAAACGAUCCCGCCAUCAGCGCCGAUUCGAAAGUCCCUCGAGGCCCACGUCCCACCAGCCCACGACCAUCACACCACUUCCUCCUCCUCCAAAUCUCGAUGCCUCCGAUUAAACAGAUAUUCCUAGUUUAACGUUAUGAUCUCGCCUUUCUCGCUCCUAUUUAUACGCCGUCCGCUUCCGCUGCCGGAGGAGAGAAGACGCUUCCAGCACAAAGCCUCCUCCGCAUUCCUCUGCUCCAUCCAUCGUUCUGAGAAGAAGGUCCAUUGAUUGGCCUGGUGAUGGCAACGCGACGAGCACCAAUGCUUCCGAUCUUGUUCCUGUUGUGCUGGUUAUCAACUGCCCAAGCAGCGUAUAUGAAAUACAAAGACCCCAGCCGGCCUGUGGAAGUUCGAGUUAAGGAUCUACUAAACCGCAUGACCCUUGCAGAAAAGAUUGGUCAAAUGACACAAAUCGAGCGAACUAGCGCAACAGAACAAGUUUUGAAGGACUACUUUAUAGGUAGCAUUCUUAGCGGCGGGGGUAGUGUUCCAGCUCCUCGAGCGUCUGCUAGGGACUGGGUGAACAUGGUAAAUCAAUUUCAGAGCGCUUGCCUGUCAACACGCUUGGGAAUUCCCAUGAUUUAUGGGAUUGAUGCUGUUCAUGGACACAACAAUGUCUAUAAUGCAACUAUAUUCCCUCACAAUGUUGGUCUCGGAGCUACAAGGGAUCCUGAUCUUGUAAAAAGAAUUGGAGCGGCAACUGCUCUUGAAGUCAGAGCAACAGGCAUUCCCUACGCCUUUGCACCUUGCAUUGCGGUCUGUAGAGAUCCAAGAUGGGGCAGGUGCUAUGAGAGCUAUAGCGAGGACCACCGUGUUGUGCAAACAAUGACAGAGAUCAUUCCUGGUUUACAGGGUGACCUCCCAGCAAACUACACCAAAGACUAUCCUUAUGUUUCUGGAAAGAGCAAUGUAGCAGCUUGUGCCAAGCACUUCGUGGGUGAUGGUGGGACGCAAAAAGGCAUUAAUGAGAAUAAUACUGUCAUUGAUCUUGGUGGACUCCUCGGAAUCCAUAUGCCUGCUUAUUAUGAUGCAAUCGCGAAGGGUGUGUCCACGGUCAUGGUUUCUUAUUCAAGUUGGAAUGGAGUUAAAAUGCACGCGAACAGGCACCUAGUUACAAACUUCCUCAAAAGAAAACUAGGUUUUCAGGGAUUUGUAAUCUCAGACUGGCAAGGCAUUGAUCGAAUCACCAGUCCUGCAGAUGCUAAUUACACCUAUUCUGUUCAAAUGUCAAUCAUUGCCGGUAUCGACAUGGUCAUGGUACCUUAUGAUUAUUCUGGGUUCACAAGUGCCCUGACAACGCUCGUUAAUGACAAGGUCAUCCCCAUUAGCCGGAUUAAUGAUGCUGUAAAGAGGAUCUUGAGGGUUAAAUUUGUCAUGGGUCUUUUUGAAAACCCUCUUCCUGAUUUAAGCUUAGUCGAUCAGGUCGGCAAAAAGGAGCACAGGGAGCUGGCAAGGGAGGCUGUUAGGAAAUCACUUGUGCUCUUAAAGAAUGGAAAAUCUGCCAAGGAACAAUUACUCCCUCUGCCAAAGAAAGCUGACAAAAUCCUUGUUGCUGGAAGUCAUGCUGAUAACUUGGGUUACCAGUGUGGUGGCUGGACAAUCGAGUGGCAGGGAGGCAGCGGAAGAAUCACUGGUGGCACCACGAUCCUGGAAUCCAUUAGAUCCACAGUGGACCCAGCAACCAACAUCGUCUUCUCCGAGGCCCCCGACGUUGGAUUCGUGCAGAGCAACAACUUCUCCUACGCCAUUGUAGUCGUCGGGGAGCCGCCCUACGCUGAGACCGCCGGCGACAGCCUCAACCUCACCAUUGCGGAGCCGGGACCGAGCACAAUUCAGAACGUGUGCGGCGUGGUGAAGUGCGUGGUGGUCAUCAUCUCCGGCAGGCCUGUCGUCAUCCAACCCUACGUUCCGGUGAUGGACGCACUCGUGGCUGCCUGGCUGCCGGGAUCAGAAGGCCAAGGCGUCGCCGACGUUCUCUUCGGCGACUUUGGCUUCACCGGAAAACUUCCCCGGACUUGGUUCAGGACCGUGGACCAACUGCCCUUGAACGUAGGCGACCAGAACUACGAUCCUUUGUUCCCGUUUGGUUUUGGCUUGACUACAAAAGCAAGACCGGCCUCGUAGAGCUGUGGAGUCACUAGAAAUUAAUAGAAUAGUUUUGGGCGUUGCUUCCAUUACUUUAAUACGUAGCCGAAGUAACAUGCGUGCAGGCUUUGUCCUCUUCACUGUUUCUUUCGACAUGAAUGCAGUGCAUUUAAUA